UAGUACAGUAUCAGUCCAGCUGUGUGCACAGUCACAGAAUGGGAGGUCUUUCCUGUUGUUGUCUCGGUGUGGAGCAGCAAAUCAGCGUGCGCAUCAACAUCGCAGCCCGGAAGAAGGAAGCUCAACCCGAAAAGAGCGCCUUGAUUAAAAGUGAAGUGUCCUCCUCGUCACUGUGACCAUGAGUUUCUCCCCUGGUCCGUCCGGUCCCCUUGGGUGCACCAGUAUCCAGGAGCAGAGGGACCGCUGGGAGAGAAAACGCAGCCGAACAGCCAGAGAGUUGGUGCAGACAGAACAACGUUACUGCCAACAGCUGGAGCUGGUCACCACUUACUUUGAGGAGAUCUUGAAGGCCAAAGGAACUCUGAGGCAGGACAUUAGAGAAAGCAUCUUCAGUCCAAUUAAAGUCAUUCAUUCAGUAAACCAAUCUCUGCUGGUCCAUCUGGAGAAUGGCUACUUUGGCCGAGGCUUCGACCAGUUCUGUCCACAUCUGCACCACUACAACACGUAUGUGGACAACAUCUAUAAUGCCAGCAAAAUGCUAGGGAUCCAUCUGAAGAAAAACAAGGCCUUCAGACGUUUUAAGAAACUACAGGAAGCCCGACCAGAGUUCAACAACCAUAAGCUUGAGGACUUGCUUCAACUCCCCAUUCAGCGGAUUGAUCAGUAUAAACAUUUCCUACAGGACCUGACUGCCAACACAAGUCCAGACAACCCAGAGUUUCAGCAGAUUUCAAAGGCAGUGACUGCGAUGUGUGAGGUUUCCCUGCAUAUCCAGAACAAUACCCGAUGCCACGAAAACCACCUGCAGCUUUACCGGGUGCAGAAACUGCUGAAAGGGCGAAAGACAAAGGUGUUGGCUGCAGCCGGCAGUAGCAGAUGGUCGCCCACCCUGAGUCUGGUUCUGCUUGAGGUUUCUGCCUUCUUAAAAGGGAGAUGGUACAUCCGUGAGGGCUGGCUGAAGAUGGUUCCUCCUAAAGGUGCAGACGUUAAGCCCAAGAUGUUCUUCCUGUUCUCUGACAUGCUGCUGCAGGCCAAGCGCUGCAGCUCACUGCAUACCACCAACGGAGACAAGUUUGCCGGUCAGUACGCCUACCCCCUGCAGGAUUGCACUGUGGAGAAGGUGUUUGGCCACACCAGGAGCCAGGGAGGCCUGCUCAGCUUAACCUUCCCCAAAGCCAAACUCCUGCUGAUGUCCAGCAACCAGGAGGAUCUCAAUGACUGGUACCAAAGCCUGAGCUCAGCUAUCCGAGACCUGCUCCACCAACAUCCCGGCUCUAGCAGUCAGUGGGCGGACCGUUCCUGAGCUGAAGGAGCACAAGAUUCUGGCCGGAUGAGGGGAGGUGGACUCUGUAAAUUGAUAGUGCUUGGUGUGCAAGCGCAGGAAAAGUGGAUGGACACAGUUUGCAGAUGUUGAGCAUUUUAUGUGAAGAUGAUAACCACAUUAUUAUGUUCACUAUCUUGUUGCUGCCGGGGUUAGGAAAUGGUGCAUUUGUUGGGGACUAUUUUCAGCGGUGGAUCAAUACACAUUUGGUGCUCUAGUGAGUAUUUGGGGCAGCAGGAUAGUGUAUGUGGGAUUGAGUCAAAAUAAACUACAGUGUAUAUGUCACCCAGUGCAACGGUGUGGCACACUGAUGUGUUUUUCAUAGUUUUUGGACAACAACUCUAUGGCACAGAGGAAUAAGAUAUAUCAGGCUGUGGAUACACACACAUUACUUGUUAGAAGGAUCAGUUCAUUGAUGGUUUGAGUCUUUAUAUGGGAUUUGGUGACAACAAAAAUAUAGAAUAGCACUAGACUUAUCCUUUAAAAUAAAUGUCUGUGUUUGAGCUGCACAAGAUUAGUGCUGACUGAUGAGUGAUUCUGAGGUUUAUUGAUUUAUUACUUGUGAUUUUAAUUCAGUGAAAUAAUGUGUGACUCGUGUGUAUUUUCAUUGAUUGUAUUUUUGGAUAUUGGAUGCGUUAUCUUCCUGUUUCUUAUUUUCUGAUGAAAAGCAUGUAGCUCAAAACUUCACCUAUAUUUAAUGAAAAACUUAAUAAAAAUUCUUGGAUCAUUA